AUGUACUCCCCCAUCCCUGGCCAGAUGCUCUCUCUCUCUCUCUCUCUCUCUCUCUCUCUCUCUGGUGUAAGAACAACAACUGAGAGAAGCUCUCUGUGGCGAUCCAGAAGAGAAGAAGGCAGGGUAUCGAACAGGUGUAAGGAUCCAAUGAAGUGUAUGAAAGGUGAUUGUUUGUGUUGGUGAAAGGAUCUUGGAUGGAAAAUCAAAGCGCUGGUGAAACUGGUCUUUCGGAGUCUGGACCUUCAAGUCGACCUAUGACACAUGGAGUUAAUGGAAUCACACCUUCUGCCACAAAUUUCUUUGACCAAGAAGGAGCUGCUUACUUUGGGGGGUUGGAAGAGGCUCUCAUGCAUGGAGUUGCUGGAAUUAGGAGCGACGAAGAAAGGAAGUCCCUUUUCGCAAGCAGACCCCCAACACUUGAGAUCUUCCCAUCAUGGCCAAUGAGAUUUCAACAAAUUCCCAAGCCAGAGGAGAGCGCCGAUUCAGGAUCUGUACAGAACACAAUUUCCCAGCUGGACUCAGAGUCCCCGGUGAGCAGAAAAGCUUCAUCAGAACAGUCAGAAGAGCAGCAGCAAGGAACAAUGGCAGGUGAUGGGGCACCAAACCAACAGCUCAGAACUCAAGAAAAGAGAAAUGUGGUUGGUGGUUCUUCUUCAGAGAAGGAUGGGAAAGUACUAGAUGCAAAGACGUUAAGACGCUUGGCUCAGAAUAGAGAAGCUGCAAGAAAAAGCCGGCUAAGAAAGAAGGCUUACAUACAACAAUUAGAGUCCAGCAGAAUCAAACUUACUCAGCUGGAGCAAGAUCUCCAGAGAGCUCGAGCACAGGGUCUCUUCUUGGGAGGAGGCAGUGCAGGUGAUACCAUCAGCUCUGUUUUUGACAUGGAAUACUCCCGAUGGUUGGAAGAGAACUAUAAGAAGAUGAUGGAGCUUCGAGGAGGUCUACAAGCGCAUCGUCAAGAUGGAGAUCUCAGGGUCACAGUAGACGAAUGCCUCGCCCUCUACGACGAGCUCUUCCAGCUCAAAGCCACAGCAGCUAGAUCAGACGUCUUCCACGUUCUCACCGGCUUGUGGACAACACCUGCCGAGCGGUGUUUCCUAUGGAUGGGCGGAUUCAGGCCCUCCGAGCUGCUAAAGAUCGUACUGCCUCAACUGGAUCCCUUGACGGAGCAGCAAGUAGCAGGGAUAUGUAGCCUCCAGCAAUCUUGCCAACAGGCGGAGGAGGCGCUCUCGCAGGGCCUCGAGCAAUUCCUCCGGUCGCUUGCUGAUACUGUGACCGGUGACUCCCUCGUUGAGAGCUCCAGUACUGGGAAUUACAUGAGUCAAAUGGCCAUUGCAUUGGGGAAGCUUGCCAAUCUCGAGGGAUUCCUCCGACAGGCCGACAAUUUAAGACAGCAGACUCUUCACCAGAUGCAUCGAAUUCUAACAAUAAGACAAGCAGCAAGGUGUUUCCUAGCCAUUGGCGAGUAUCACAGCCGCCUCCGUGCUCUCAGCUCUCUUUGGGCUUCUCGACCUAGAGAGAACUCGAUCAACGAGAGCGCCAUGCCGCUAACCGCGGACCUACAAAUAGUUCACCAGCCACUGCAAAGUCAUUUUCCGGCCUUCUGAAUGAACAUGUUUACUUCAUGUUAACAGAUGGCGAAAGGUUUUGGCGUCAUGCCAAUCAAAAAGUCAAUAUCUUUUUUACGGAGGAGGAAGGAAGGAAGCACGAAAGGAAAAGUGAUGAGUAAUGGGGAUGGCUGAUCCUUUUCGUCACAAUGUAUCAUUAGGUCGGAAUUCCCUUCUUCUUUGGCAGCUGUGGAUUGUUUUAGUAUCAUUUAGCAUGAAGAAGAGGAAGAUUAGGACUUGUCUUUUGUGGAGUAGCUUCAAAGAUCAACCACCUCCUCUUAUGUAAAGAGAGUUCUUAAUUAUUGUGAAUGCGGGGGGCUCUUCCACGCUGCUAUUUAAGUC